CCGGACCGGGCCGGACCAAACACCCCGCCUUGCACGGGGCGCAACUUCCGAAACCCAACGUCAUCCGUCACCGUAGGUAAGCACCGCAAGCCGGGGCGCACUGGCUGUAUCCCGGUGCAUCUUUCUCCCCAUUUCACCGCCCACCCGACCCGGAAUCACCGACCGCACCAAAGCUGUGCCUUCCAACCAUUUCCAUCAUCGACGUCAUAG